AUGCGGCCGCUUUGCCCCGCCCCGUAUCCGAGGAUACAGGGCAGAGCCAAGCGGCCACAUGGCAUAUGCGCUGUGGUUGGAAAGGGUGAGAUGGGCGAGGUGCCCACUUUGACCACUGAGCAUGCGCUAUGCAGCUGCUUGGCCCCGCCCUCUAUCCUCGAAGGAUAUGGGGCUGGGCCAAGCGGCCUCAUGGCGCAAGCGGCCACCCAUCUUGCUGUUCCUCCCCUCGGCGGGGCCAGCGCCACUUUACGGCUCGGUCCCACCGCCUGCCUUGGGAUGGGUUGCCAGAGGCCCCGGCAACCAGCCACCAUCCACAGGCGCCCUUCGGAGGAGGAGAGGCAGCAGCAGCAGGAGCAUCGCCGCCGCGCCUCCUUCUCCCGCCGCUGGGUCCCCUCUUUCCCUCUCCCUCUCGCCGCAUCUCCUCCAAGCCUCUCGGGACGAAGAGCAAGACGGGGCGGGAGCGCUGCACCUCGCGCCUCGGGAGGGAGAGUGGGAGGGAGGGCGGCCACUCUACCCCGCUACCCGGAGGCCAAGGUGUGGGCCCCGCGGCGGGCUCCGUCCUCCUCCUCCCCUCUCCCGCCGCCCUCCCUCCGCCCGCUGCGGCUCCGCUCCCCGGCCUUCGCGCUCCCGGGCGCCCGGAGAGUGGCCCCUUGCGCCCUGCCGCCGGCCCCAUGGCGCGGAGGGAAGCACCGCUUGAGCCUGCGCGGCGGCGGAGGCGGCGGCGGCGGCGCAAACGGCGGGAGCAGCGCUCUUCCUUCCCCCAGCCUGGGCACCCGCUCGCCUGACUUCCCGCGCUGCCGCUGCCACUGCUGCGAGGGGUGCAGCAGCAGCAGCCGAGGCGGCGGCGGCGGGAGUGAGGCGGCUGGAAGCGGGCUGAGGGCGGUGCUGCUGGGCCGCUUCCUGGUGCUCCUGCCCUGGGUCCUGCUGGUCCUCCUGAUGCUGGAGGCGGACGGCAGAGGCGGGCCCCGGGCCCCCAAGAACCAGCACCACCAGCAGCAGACGCCGCCGCAACCCGCCUCCUCCCUCCUGUCUGUCAUCUACGUCAUCACGCCGACCUACAGCCGGCCGGUGCAGAAAGCGGAGCUGACGCGGCUGGGCAACACCCUCCGGCAGGUGGCGCGCGUGCACUGGGUGCUGGUGGAGGACGCGGCCGGCGUCAGCGAGCUGGUCACGCGCUUCGCGGCGAGCUUGCCCGCGGCCGGCGGGCCCCCCGUCACCCACCUCCACGCGCCCACGCCCCGCAGGUACAAGCGCCCCGGGCAGCCGCGCGCCACCGAGCAGCGCAACGCCGGACUGGCCUGGGUCCGCCAGAGGCACCAGCGCCUCGGACAGGCCAAGGGCCCCCCGCCCCCGGGAGUGCUCUUCUUCGCCGAUGACGACAACACCUACAGCCUGGAGCUCUUCCACGAGAUGCGCACAACCCGCAAAGUGUCUGUGUGGCCUGUGGGGCUGGUGGGCGGACGACGGUAUGAGCGGCCAAUUGUGGAAAAGGGCAAGGUGGUUGGCUGGUACACUGGUUGGCGGGCAGGCAGGCCUUUUGCCAUUGAUAUGGCAGGGUUCGCUGUAAACCUUCAGGUGAUUUUGUCCAACCCUAAAGCUGUAUUCAGACGCCACGGAUCACAGCCUGGGAUGCAGGAAUCUGAUUUUCUGAGGCAGAUCACUACAAUGGAAGAAUUGGAGCCCAAAGCCAACAACUGCACAAAGGUUCUUGUAUGGCACACUCGAACAGAAAAGGUCAAUCUAGCUAAUGAGCCAAAGUAUCAUGCGGACAGCGUGAAAAUUGAAGUAUGAUGAAGAAGCAUAACAUGGGGUAUACCUAAACGAACAGAUGCAAUCUGUUAUGCCUCCCAGACGGUUAAAUCUUCAGACUGUACAGUUUGCUACUCAGCAACAUUCUUUACUGGUCUAAUGAGACUUCUGUCAAAUGUCUCAAGAUGUAUAUACUUUGGGGUCUCCACUUGUUUUGCAUGUGUUUAUCCAACCUGUUUUAGUAUUUUAACCAUUUAGACUUUUUUAAAUAAAUGGCAUUUGAUGAAUUGUAGUUCAACACUUAAAAAUGCUGAUUAAAAGAAACCAAUGUAAAACUUAAAUUUAUCGUUUAGAAUGGCGGCUUUCAGAUAAUGGAUGUUCAGCAUUUAUUUGUUCUUUAAUUAAAGGGUUUUAUUUUUAAGAACAGUAGUCAAAGAUCUUCUAGAAUGAAAUAAUCUUAGAAUAUGUAUGGAUUUAUUUAAUAUAGGGAAGCAACAGCUCAUCAGUACGAGGCACCAUAAAAUGUAAACACAAUUACUGGCAUAAACCUGGAUACAGCUGGAAAGACAAAAUUAAAAUAUUCAGUGGCGCAAGUUA